CAGAAUUUGAAACAGUCUAUUCCAGCUGCUUAAAUUCAGAGGGCACCCUAAGAACUAAGCUCACUACUUCCUCUUGUUUGCCCUGACUCACUCGCUGCUGCUGCUGCUGAACAGGACAAAGAUUUUUGCUGAUGGGAGACUACUAAAUAAGUAUUACCUAAUGACAGCCAGUCACACCUAGACAAAAAAAGAGGAAAGUAGAUUACAGAAGAACACACUUUCACUGCCGGCAAAUGUAACUUUCCAAUGCCACAAAAGCCAAGUACUUCUGUUUUCUACAACUGAUUAAGGAAGAAAAUAAAGCCCAAAUGAAAGCCGAGUACAGCCUUCCUGGAAACAACAGCAACUGCAGCACUGAAAACAGAGUGAAUCAAGCUCUCUUUCCCUUGUUGUACACUCUUAUUUUCUUCGUGGGCCUGAUUAUGAAUGGAUUGGCCAUGGGAGUCUUUUUUCAGAUCUCCAGCAAAUCUAACUUUAUCGUCUUUCUCAAGAACACAGUCAUUUCUGACAUCCUCAUGAUCCUAACGUUUCCAUUCAAAAUUCUCAGCGAUGCAAAACUGGUGUCCUGGGAAUUGAGAGGGUUUGUUUGCAAGGUGACGCAGGUCAUAUUUUACUUCACCAUGUACAUCAGCAUUAUUUUCUUGGGCCUUAUAACUAUUGAUCGCUAUUUGAAAACUGCCAGACCCUUCAAGACAUCAAGCACUGACAAAGUAUUGACAGCUAAGAUUCUAUCCGUACUUAUUUGGAUAUUCAUGUUUUCUCUCUCUCUUCCAAACAUGAUACUGACAAACAAAAAGCCAACGCUCAAGAACGUGAAGAAAUGUGCUGACCUAAAAUCUGAUUUUGGGUUAGUAUGGCAUGAAAUUGUUAACUAUGUUUGCCAGUUUAUCUUCUGGGUUAGCUUCGCCAUCAUAGUUGUAUGUUACACACUCAUAUCAAAAGAACUGUACAAAUCCUAUAAAAGAACAAGACGUACAGGAACCACAAGCAGAAAGACUGUGAAUAUCAAAGUUUUCAUCAUUAUUGGUGUAUUCUUCAUUUGCUUUGUGCCUUUCCAUUUUGCCAGAAUUCCUUACACCCUAAGCCAAACAAGAGAUGUUUUUGAGUGUUCUACUCAGAACACAUUGUUUUAUAUAAAAGAGGGCACCUUAUGGUUGACUUCCCUGAAUGCAUGCCUGGAUCCAUUCAUAUAUUUUGCCCUCUGUAAAUCCUUUAGAAAGUCUCUCCUAAACACAUUGCAUAAAUGUGUAGCCAAAACAAGAAGGGAUGAGAUCACAGAUACUACAGAUGAGGAAACACCAAUGUAGACCAACAAGGAAUCCAUGUAAUAUAGCCCAAACCAUUUCUCAACUGCUUCAAUGUAUGUGUUUUUUCUAAAAAAUAAACCUGUGAUCUGGCUUCUGCUGAGAUCAGGAAUCACUCAUAGUUAUGAUGCUGACAACUAGCUGUUGAAUGAGAUUAUCAAUGCUGCGUUUUCUUUAAACAUCAUAGCUACAAACACUGAACCAAACUGAGAAAAAUUGAAUGGGGAGGUUGAAGUCAAGAAGUAGGAAAACGGCACACACCAGCAGGUCUAUGAUUGCAUCCUGGGUCAUAAAAUUAAAUAUGAUUUUUAAAACUGAUUUCCUUGAAGAGCCUCCUGGUUCAAAAUGCACUGGACAGCAUUUUAACAAUAAUAUUCUUCUGCAUCGUGUUGAAGCCUUCCAUGUUUUGAUUACUUAUGCUACCCAUCUAAGUAGCAAAAUCUCUUGGGUACUUACUUAGUUCUGAGCAGGCUAGAGAAUAUUGGCAGCUCUUUCCUAUAAGCCACUCUGUUCCCUAAAUUUUUGAAAAUUGAGCAUUGAGUUACGAUCCUGGAGAUCCAGCUACUACAAUGAUUUAAGAACAGAUAAUUGUACAGAAGUCAUUUCCUUUUUCUGAAUGAACAAUAGUUCCUUUCUUGUUGCAUAAUGUAUAUUAGUGAACAGCUUGCAAACCAACUAGGACUUGCAAUUGUGUCAGAAGUUCAUUUUAAAUGGAGUAAAGCUGGAGCUUUAUCAGACAACAGCAUUUAGGGAAUAAAAG